AUGGCUAAGGUUGACCAGAAGGCCGUUCUGAUCGUCAUCGACGGCUGGGGAAUCGCCAGCGAGAAGUCGCCCAAGGAGGGUGAUGCCAUCCUCGCCGCCGAGACCCCUGUCAUGGACGAGUUCAAGCGCCCGGGCUCCGAGAUCACCCAGGGCUACACUGAGAUUGAGGCCUCGUCGCUGGCUGUCGGCCUGCCCGAGGGUCUUAUGGGCAACAGCGAGGUCGGCCACUUGAACAUCGGCGCUGGCCGUGUCGUCUGGCAGGAUGUCGUCCGCAUUGAUCAGACCAUCAAGAAGGGCGAGCUCAAGGACGUCGAGAACAUCACGAACUCGUUCGCCAGGGCCAAGAACGGCAACGGCCGCCUGCACUUCCUCGGUCUCGUCUCCGACGGCGGUGUCCACUCCCACAUCAACCACCUGCUGGCGCUGCUCAAGCUCGCCAAGGAGCAGGGCGUCCCCAAGGUCUUCAUCCACUUCUUCGGCGAUGGCCGUGAUACCGACCCCAAGUCGGGUGCCGGCCACCUCGAGAACCUGAUCAAGGCGACCAAGGAGAUUGGUCUGGGCGAGAUCGCCACCGUUGUUGGUCGUUACUACGCCAUGGACCGCGACAAGAGGUGGGACAGAAUCGAGGUUGCCCUCAAGGGCCUUGUUCUGGGCGAGGGCGAGAAGAGCGAGGACCCGCUCGCUACCGUCAAGGCCAGAUACGAGGCUGGUGAGACCGACGAGUUCCUGAAGCCCAUCAUCGUUGGCGGUGACGAGAGGAGAAUCCAGGACGAUGACACCCUCUUCUUCUUCAACUACCGCUCCGACCGUGUCCGCGAGAUUACCCAGCUCAUGGGUGACUUCGACCGCUCGCCCAAGCCCGACUUCCCCUACCCCAAGAACAUUGCCCUCACCAACAUGACCCAAUACAACCCCAAGUACACCUUCCCCGUUGCCUUCCCUCCUCAGAAGAUGGGCAACGUCCUGGCCGAGUGGCUCGGCAAGCAGGGCACCCACCAGUGCCACAUCGCCGAGACGGAGAAGUACGCUCACGUCACCUUCUUCUUCAACGGUGGCGUUGAGAAGCAGUUCGAGAACGAGAUCCGCGACAUGAUUCCGUCGCCGAGGGUUGCUACCUACGACCUGCAGCCUACAAUGAGCGCUAUGGGCGUCGCCGAGAAGGUUGCCGAGCGCAUCCGGGAGGGCAAGUUCGACUUCAUCAUGAACAACUUCGCCCCGCCUGACAUGGUCGGCCACACCGGUGUCUACGAGGCCGCCAUCAAGGGUGUCGCCGAGACCGACAAGGCCAUCGGUGUCAUCUACGAGCAGUGCGUCAAGAGCGGUUACACCCUCUUCAUCACUGCCGAUCACGGUAACGCCGAGGAGAUGCUCAACGAGGAGGGCAAGCCCAAGACCUCGCACACCACCAACAAGGUUCCAUUCGUUAUGGCCAACGCCCCCAAGAACUACAGCCUGAAGAAGUCCGACGGCGUUCUCGGUGACGUUGCCCCCACCGUCCUCGCCGUCAUGGGUCUGCCCCAGCCCGAGGAGAUGACUGGCCACAGCCUUCUUGUCAAGUCGUAA